AUAUAUCAAAUGAUUUCCCCUUUUCUGGGUCCCCACUCCUCGCAAGUCCCAUAAGCCCUCUUCCCUCCCCCUGUUCCUCAAUCUACUCCUACCCACUUCCCUGUUCUGGAAUUCCCCUAUACUGUUGCAUUGAGUCUUUCCAGAACCAGGGGCCACUCCUCUGUUCUUUUUGGACAUCAUUUAAUAUGUGGAUUAUUUCUUGGGUAUUCCAAGUUUCUAGGGCACAGGGGAAAAGUUCCUGAAUAGAACACCAAUAGCUUAUGCUCUAAGAUCUAGAAUUGACAAAUGGGACCUCAUAAAACUACAAAGUUUCUGUAAGGCAAAGGACACUGUCAAAAGGACAAAACGUCAACCAACAGAUUGGGAAAGGAUCUUCACCAACCCUAUAUCUGACAGAGGGCUAAUAUCUAAUAUAUACAGAGAACUCAAGAAGGUAGAACCUAGAGAACCAAAUAUCCCCAUUAAAAAGUGGGGUACCGAGCUAAACAAAGAUUUUUCACAUGAAGAACUUUGGAGAGCUGAGAAACACCAUAAGAAAUGUUCAACAUCAUUAAUCAUUAGAGAAAUGCAAAUCAAAACAACCCUGAGAUUUCACCUCACACCAGUCAGAAUGGCUAAGGUCAAAAACUCAGGAGACAACAGGUGCUGGCGAGGAUGUGGAGAAAGAGGAACACUCCUCCACUGCUGGUGGGAUUGUAAGAUGGUGCAACCACUUUGGAAAUUAGUCUGGAGGUUCCUCAGAAAACGGGGCAUGGUACUUCCGGAGGACCCUGCUAUACCACUCCUGGGCAUAUACCCAGAGGAUUCCCCAGCAUGUAAUAAGGACACAUGCUCCACUAUGUUCAUACCAGCCCUAUUUGUAGUAGCCAGAAGCUGGAAACAACCCAGGUGUCCCUCAACAGAGGAAUGGAUACAAAAAAUGUGGUAUAUUUACACAACGGAGUACUAUUCAGCCAUUAGAAACAAUGAAUUCAUGAAAUUCGUAGACAAAUGGAUGGAGCUGGAGAACAUCAUACUAAGUGAAGUAACCCAGUCUCAAAAGAUCAAUUAUGGCUGCCAAGAGUUCUACCUAGAGAAGCUGGAAUCUGACUGGAACCCUGAGCAAGAGCUUUGUCAGAGGGAACGGAAUGUCUAUAAUGUUACCUCAGAGUCCAUCCUUCAGAGGACUUAGGCCAAGUGGCACACCUCACUGCAAAUGAUUAUGUCUGGUUUUGAGCUGUCUGAUUGUCACAAACUAAUGAAGCACAUGUUAGGUCUUAUGGACACAGGUUCCACUGUUCUCCAGGUGCCCUGGCAGCUGGUACAGGGGCUGUGAACAAUGGAACCAAACUCUCAGAGGACUAAAGUCCCAGCUUUCUUAUCUGACUUGGGAAAGGCCACAUUGAGGGGAAUCAGGAAGUGUCCCCGAUGUGGUACAUACAAUGGAACCCGUGGGUUGAGCUGUAAGAACAAGACAUGCGGAACCAUAUUUCGCUAUGGUGCCCGAAAGCAGCCUAGCAUCGAAGCUGUCAAAAUCAUUACCGGCUCUGAUCUACAGGUCUACUCUGUGCGGCAAAGAGACCGAGGCCCUGACUACCGAUGCUUUGUGGAGCUAGGGGUUUCAGAGACCGCAAUCCAGACCGUGGAUGGUACGAUCAUCACUCAGCUGAGCUCUGGCCGGUGUUAUGUCCCCUCAUGUUUGAAAGCUGCCACUCAAGGCAUCGUGGAGAACCAGUGCCAACAUAUCAAGCUAGCAGUGAACUGCCAGGCGGAGGCCACCCCUCUGACUCUGAAGAGCUCAGUCCUGAAUGCUAUGCAGGCCUCCCCAGAAACCAAACAGACCAUCUGGCAGUUGGCCACAGAACCUACGGGUCCCCUGGUGCAGAGAGUCACUAAAAACAUUAUGGUAGUGAAAUGCAAAGCCAGCCAAAAGCACAGCUUGGGCUAUUUGCACACGUCCUUCAUGCAGAAAAUCAGCUCCAGAAGCUUGCCAGAGCGCCGCUUCUUCUGUUCCUGCCAGACUCUGAAGUCACACAAGUCCACCGUCCCCAAGGCUGAGGUAGCCCCAAAGUGCAUCCACUUCUUUGCUUGCCUCUGCGCCUUUGCCAGUGAUGAGACAUUGGCUCAGGAAUUCUCGGACUUCCUAAAUUUUGAUGCCAGUGGUCUUAAGGAGAUAAUUGUGCCCCAGUUAGGCUGCCACGCAGAGUCAUCUGUCUCAGUGUGUGAGCCUGCUACCUCUAAACCCCGGAAGAGGAAGAAGGAUGAAAUGGCUGGUACACAGGUGAACAGCUCACUGAUGCCACAAGAUGCAGUAAACAGCAAUCUAAGGAAGAGUGGCCUGAAAAAGCCUGUGGUUACGUCAUCACUGAAAAGGCAGGUCUGUGGUCAGCUGUUAGAUGAGGCACAAGUGACUUUGUCUUUCCAAGACUGGCUGGCCAGUGUCACAGAGCGCAUCCACCAAACCAUGCACUAUCAGUUUGAUGGCAAACCAGAGCCCCUGGUGUUCCACAUUCCUCAGUCCUUUUUUGAUGCCUUGCAACAGAGACUGUCCAUAGGAAGUGCAGACAAGCGGCUCCCCAACUCCACCACAGCUUUUGUCCGGAAAGAUGCCUUGCCACUGGGAACCUUUUCCAAGUACACCUGGCAUAUCACUAAUAUUCUGCAAGUCAAACAAAUCUUAGAUACCCCAGAGAUGCCCCUGGAAAUCACACGUAGCUUCAUCCAGAACCGGGAUGGGACUUAUGAGCUGUUUAAAUGCCCUAAAGUGGAAGUGGAGAGCAUAGCAGAAACCUACGGCCGCAUAGAGAAGCAGCCUGUGCUGAGACCUUUGGAGCUGAAAACCUUCCUCAAAGUUGGUAACACUUCCCCAGAUCAAAAGGAGCCAACACCCUUUAUCAUUGAGUGGAUUCCAGAUAUCCUCCCGCAGUCCAAGAUUGGUGAGCUUCGAAUCAAGUUUGAGUAUGGUCACCACCGCAAUGGACAUGUGGCUGACUACCAGGACCCAAGGCCACCCAUGGACCAACCUUUGGAACUGGCCCCUCUGACUACUAUAACUUUCCCUUGAGGCAAAUCAAGAGUAUUUUGCAGAGUUUGCACAUCCCAACCCCUGGAGGACUAUGAAUCCUAGUAGUACUUAUAUGAUCCCUGCUAACGAACCACACUUGGCUAAGAUGCAGUUACUCAGCCCAUCCAUGUGUGUUCUGUAGAAGAAAGUCUUGUGACUAGCCUUGUGUGUGCAGUCUCCAUUACAGAUUGGGCACUCGCUUCUGACCAGAGUUUUAGAAGAAGCAACGCAAGUCCAGCUCAUCGACUUCUCGUGGAUUCACCUGCAGCUUGGUUUUCUGUAGUUCUUGGAAAGUGGCAGCACUGGAUCUUAGCCAGCGGUGUCGGAGAGUUAAUGUGCCCUGGGCUGAGCAGAAUCCUCUCUGUGCCUGAGAGCUCCAAUCAUAUUCUUUAUCCUGAUAACAAAAUAAAGUACAAUGUCACUAGUUUUUCCAAA